UUCCCUUCCUUUCAAUAAAACCAAAGAUCAUACGCUAGCCGCCUCCUUCCUCUUCUCCUUUUCAUUCCCAAAUACCUAAAUCCCAAAUCUUCUCAACUUUGGAUUUCAAUUUUCAAUCGAUUUGUGAUUUGCAGGUGAAAAUUGAGUAAUUAAGUUGAAAUCAAAGAUGUUUGGGAGAGCACCAAAGAAGAGUGACAACUCGAAGUACUAUGAGAUCUUAGGAGUUCCUAAGAGUGCUUCACAAGAUGAUCUGAAAAAAGCUUACCGUAAAGCCGCCAUUAAAAAUCAUCCUGAUAAGGGCGGCGAUCCUGAAAAAUUUAAGGAGCUUGCCCAAGCCUAUGAGGUUUUGAGUGACCCAGAGAAGCGUGAGAUUUAUGAUCAGUACGGUGAAGAUGCUCUUAAGGAAGGAAUGGGGGGUGGAGGUGGGGCACAUGACCCAUUUGACAUAUUCCAGUCAUUCUUUGGCGGCGGUGGAUUUGGCGGUGGUGGAAGCAGCAGAGGAAGAAGGCAAAGGAAAGGGGAGGAUGUUGUCCACUCUCUCAAGGUUUCUUUGGAGGAUCUCUACAAUGGGACAUCAAAGAAGCUAUCACUAUCUCGGAAUGUGUUGUGCUCAAAGUGCAAGGGAGUAGGGUCUAAAUCAGGUGCUUCAAUGAAAUGUUCGGGCUGUCAAGGGUCUGGAAUGAAAGUUUCCAUCAGACAACUUGGCCCCAUGAUCCAGCAGAUGCAGCACCCUUGUAAUGAGUGUAAGGGUACUGGUGAGAAAAUCAAUGAGAAAGAUAGGUGCCCACAGUGUAAGGGUGAGAAAGUUGUGCAGGAGAAGAAGGUGCUGGAAGUUCAUGUGGAGAAGGGUAUGCAGAAUGGACAAAAGAUUACAUUCCCAGGAGAGGCUGACGAAGCGCCCGAAACAAUUACUGGGGACAUAGUUUUUAUAUUACAGCAGAAGGAACACCCCAAGUUUAAGCGCAAGGGAGAUGAUCUCUUUGCAGAGCACACCUUGACCUUGACUGAGGCUCUAUGUGGUUUCCAGUUCGUCUUGACUCACCUAGACAGCAGACAGCUGCUCAUUAAAUCCCAACCUGGAGAAGUUGUCAAGCCUGAUCAAUUUAAGGGCAUAAAUGAUGAAGGAAUGCCAAUGUACCAAAGGCCAUUCAUGAGGGGAAAACUGUACAUUCACUUCACCGUGGACUUCCCCGAUACAUUAGCUCCAGAGCUGUGCAAGAACCUUGAAGCAGUACUGCCGCCAAGGCCUAAAACACAAGCAUCCGAUAUGGAAUUGGACGAGUGCGAGGAGACCACUUUGCAUGACGUGAACAUGGAAGAAGAGAUGCGUAGGAAGAGACAGCAGCAGGCCCAAGAGGCAUACGAGGAAGAUGACGACGACGAUAUGCAUGGUGGUGCGCAAAGAGUGCAAUGUGCACAACAGUAAUUCAUGUGUCUUUUGGCAGAUAACAGGAGUUAUUCUGGCAAGGAAGUAUCAACCCCUGGUCUUGGGUUUGAUGAUAGGGUUGAUAAGAAAUGACAUCCAGGAAUGUGCUUUUUGUAGGAAUUUUAUUUAUGCAAACUGAAUGGUUAUUGACAAUUGUAAGAGUGGUGAAAGAUUUUUGCGACAUGUUUUGAACCACAGCUUUAUUCAAUUAUUUGAUUUCCAGACUGAUAUAUAAUGUCACAUCUUCAUUGUUUCUUCAA